AACCAUCGUAAGCUCUAGUAAAUGAUUGACCUUAUUAAUUUGCUGAGUUCAAUCUGUGGAUCUCAGUCCUCGGAGUCAUCAGUGUCCUGGGCAGCGCUGACCGAAGCGCUAGUAUUGUCAAGAACCGUGCUAAAUACUGUUUACUACUUAGCCAUACAUGAUGUGGAGUGUCUCCCUGCUAGUGGGGGCGGUGGUGCUGGCGACGUCAUGGGCGAUGCCGCAGCAGACCAAGUCAGUGAAGGGAGAGCACAGCGGAGCUGGCUUCCAGCAGAACGCUUAUAAUUCUACCAACUUCAUCGGGCGGUUUUAUGAGAACGUGCCCCAGACGGGCGUCCCCGGGCCCGGGCAGAGCCUCACACAGCUCAACGAGACCGGACAUUCAGCCGGAGGGUUCUACAGCAAUGGAUCUCGUAUUCGGGCUCCUAUAGACUUCGAAAUUGGCGUCUGUUACAUUGAAGUUCCAACGGUGCAGCUGGUCAACGACCCCUCACACAUUCCAGCUGGAAAUGGAUCACGGCCAGACCUGAGCCGCAUCAGGACCUGCUGCAAGGGCUACGUGCGGAGCAUCCACAACUUCAAGGUGUGCGACCCUGUCUGCACCAACGAGUGUGUGAACGGGCUCUGCACCGCCCCGGACACCUGCACCUGCUUCCCGGACCACGUCACCAACAGCGCCGGCUACUGUGUCGCCACCUGCCCUAUAGGCUGCCAGAAUGGUCAUUGUGCUGGUGGGGAGUGCCUCUGCGAUGAUGGGUUUAAGCUGGAUACCAACGGACAGUUCUGCGUACCUGUCUGUCAAGGAAACUGUGGUGGUAUUGGCAACUGCACCAGCCCCAACACGUGCGACUGCAAGACCGGCUACAAGUCCACGGCGGAGGGGUCCUGCCAGCCGGCGUGCGACGCCUGCGCCCACGGGGACUGCGUGGCUCCCGGGGACUGUCGCUGCCACGACGGAUAUGUGAAGAGCGAACAUGGGGAGUGCACGCCUUCGUGUCCUAAAGGAUGCGGCUCAUCCGGCCAGUGCGUGGCUCCCAACGUGUGUUCCUGUCCCCUCGGCCUCGAGAGGGACGCCGGUACCAACGAGUGUGUGGCGCGAUGCUCCCAGCCCUGCGUCAACGGCGUCUGUUCCCCGGGCAACACGUGCAUCUGCAACCCUGGAUAUGUGAUGGAUAAGGCUGACCCUACUGGCAGCAGAUGUGUCCCGCACUGCCCCGGCGGUUGCCCCAACGGCGUGUGCACGAUGCCCAACUACUGCAUCUGCAGUGUUGGCUUCGUGAAGGACCGAAGUGUGAAGGGCCGGCCCUCGUGCGUACGACGGGUCCGCCGCUCCGUCGUUGACGAGGUCCAACUGCCACAGUCCCAGUGGAAACCGGCCGCGGUACCGGUCGCACUCGCUUUUGAUAUUGGAGAUUACUAAGAGAUCUAUUGGUAUUGGUACUGCUCUGAAAGUUUCAAGAAUAAAGUUGGAUUUUUAAUGA